AUGGAGAUUGAUGACCUUCCAUACCAACUUCCAGAGGGUUUAAGAGUCUUUGUGAUUGAUCAUGACACCACUCAACUUCAUGUCAUUGCGAAUAUGUGUUUUCAAUGCAACUAUAGAGUUACCACAUGCAUUGUGGCUUCUUUUGCCCUACAUCUUUUGAGAGAAACAAAUGGUCGUUUUUUUGAUGUCAUACUAAUUGAAGCUCAAAUGUCGGACAUGGAUUCGUACCAGUUUUUGCAACGUGUUACACAAGAAAUCAAAAUUCCAGUCAUUAUGAUGUGUGCUGAUAACACAACAAGUGAAAGGAUGAAUGCUAUUGAAAAAGGAGCUUGUGAUUAUUGGCUAAAGCCUUUGAAUGUGAAUCAUAUCAACAAUAUGUGGCAACAAUUCAAAAACAUGAUCAAAUUCAAAGAAUAUUUUAGGUAA